AUGUCUCCGCCCGCCCAGCCCUACGUCAACACCUUGUCCGCUCUCCCCGGCUCGACUGAGACGAAAGCCUACUCGAAAAGCGACGACCUCAGCAGCUUGGAGAGCGAUAAUCGGCAUGGAAAGGCCAGCACGGUGCUCUCCUCAGAUGAAGGUUUACUCGAGUGAGUCACCCACACACGUGGAGGCUUGGCCAUUCGGGUGGGCAAAGCCUGACACACUCAUUCGGAUCACCAGUUUGUACAAGCCUUUGAGCAACUGGGAAGGGGCGCACCGCUAUGACCCUACUGCGCAGUGGACAGAGGCAGAGGAGAAAGCCGUGGUCCGCAAAACCGACUGGAGGAUCUGCCUCGUUGCCUGCCUUGUGAUGGUGUGCCUGCAGCUCGAUCGAGGCAAUGUAAGACAUCCUCUUUUCCCCAGUACGCCGCUCCUACUGUUCAGGACUGGCGGCUUACUCCUUUGCACCAUCACGAAUCGACAAAUAUCCAGAUCGUCAAUGCCUUGUCCGAUAACAUGUUGGGAGAUCUUAAGCUUUCCACCAAUGACUACAACUUGGGACAAACCAUUGUGAGCCCUUUACACGGUCGAGUCAGGCGUAGACUGUGGGCUGAUCGGCAGUUUCACCCGGGCCACAGUUCUACUGCUCGUUCCUCUUCAUGGAGCUUCCCUCACAGCUCAUCUCCAAGGCAAUCGGUGUGGACAGGUAUGUACAGCACAAGGCUCUGCUCAUAAUUUUCAAGAUGUUUUGCUGACUCGAAGCGCGCCGGACCGCUUUCACAGAUGGGUGCCUAUCCAGGUAAGUCUCAGGAAGUUGUUCUGACCGACGACGCAGAACGCUCAUCGGUCUGCUUUCUUCCCCGCACGUGCGCUUGUAGAUCAUUAUGUGAGUUCUUACACGUGGAUUGUUCUUCGGAGCAAGCUCUGAUGUGCGACCGAACUCGAUUCGCAGUUGGUCGAUUGUGGCAGCCUCUCAAGCGGCGCUCAAGGGCAAAACAUCGUUCUUCAUCACACGGUCGCUCAUCGGAGCUCUGGAGGGUGGCGUAAUCCCCGAUCUGGGUGAGUCACCCACAUAUAUAGUCGAGGGAUGAAUUAGCGUUCAUGGACUGAACACUCGAAGACUCUUUAUAUGCCCAGUAUUGUACCUGAGCUACUUCUACAAGGGAGACGAGCUCACGACGAGGCUUUCGUUCUUCUGGGUUACCUUGUCGUCGACGACCAUCGUCGGCUCGUUGCUCGCUGCCGGGAUCCUGCAGCUCAGGGGAGCACAUGGACUGGAGGGGUGGAGGUGGCUCUUCUUGAGUGAGCAAGAGUCGUAACCCCCCCCUUGAUCCGAGCUGGGGAAGCUAAUCGCGUCUGUCUUGGUCCGCCACAGUCGAAGCAUUGUUCACACUCACUGCGGGGAUCUUCGCUCUGUUCUAUCUGCCGGCUAGCCCGACGGAGACGGCGGGUGGUCUGCGAGGCAAGAAAGGCUGGUUCACCGAGCGCGAAGAAAUCAUUAUCGUCAACCGUGUCAUCCGGGACGAUCCUACCAAAUCGUCCAUGCAUAAUCGCGAAGCGAGUACGUCCAUAUUCAUCCCGGUCCAUCUACUUCGCCCGAAUGGCUAUGCUGAGCCGGCGCUUGUUUACCUUAUGCGACUAGUUGGCAUCCUCUCGCUGUGGAAAAGCUUCAUGGACUUUGAUCUCUGGCCGCUAUAUCUGCUCGGUCUCACCACGUUCAUCGCACCGGCGACGGCGGGCGCUUACUUUACCUUGACGCUGCGCUCAUUGUCAGUCGACACAGCGAGAAGAGAAUGUUUCUCACGACCCGCGGAGAAUCAUCCGCCCAGUGAGCUGACAAACAUGCUUUUUUUUGCAUCCAUUCGUCCCACAGAAAGUUCUCGACAUUCCACACCAACCUCCUUCAAAUCCCGUACCUCGUACUCUUCAUCUGCCAAAAUCUGGGCCUGGUGUGGCUCGCCCGCAAGUUGAACUCUCGACUGCUCGUCGCUUCAAUCGGAUCCUUCUGGCAGCUCCUGUUCUUAAUCGUUCUGGUCGCCAUUCCCGACAACCUCGACCGGUGGGCAAAGUAUGCGAUCACGUCGCUACUUCUCGCAUUCCCCUAUGCCCACCCUAGUGAGUUGAACAACGAUUUCUGCAAAAGCCGAACCAUUAUGCGCAGACGCUGAGCUGAGAUACCUUGUUUCAUCCGUGCAGUUCUUGUGUCCCUCAACAGCCGCAACUCGGGCAGUGUGCGCACUCGAUCGGUCUCGGCAAGUCUUUACAAUAUGUUUGUGCAAGCCGGGUCCAUCGUUGCCUCCAACAUCUAUCAGAGCAAGGACAAGGUGAGCAAGGGGGAGGGACCAGACUGCGCAUCGUCUGAUUGCGCCGGAGACUGACUUCUGCCCGCUUCACCGGAUCUCACAGCCGUACUACCGUCACGGCAACCGUGUACUCCUCGGUAUAGUAUCGGCCAACAUCGUGCUCUUCUUCUUGGCCAAAGUCUACUACGUGGCGCGCAACCAACAGCGCGCCAAGAAGUGGGAGGCGCUCACGGUCGAGCAACGUCGCACGUACCUGGAGACCACCAAGGACGAAGGCAAUCGCCGCUUGGAUUUCAAAUUUGCCCAUUAA